AUUGCUGCGCAUGCGUAGUGCGUUUGUCCCCGGAAGUUCACCCACAUGUCCGGAGCUGAUACAACCUUGGAAAGCCUACCGAACAAACUACUUGUCAAACCGAUGUAACGCAACAAACCACACCAAGGAUGCCAGUAACGAGACUCCUAUAUCCUUUCUACCAGCUGGGUAACCCCCAGCUGAGGCUCUUCAGACCGAACUGGUUCUUGAAGCUGGUGAGGCCUGGAAAAGAGCAGCCUCCUGAUACGGUCCAGUUCCGCAUCCCAAUGGAAAUGACAAAGUAUGAUGUCAAAAAUUACCUGGAGAAGGUAUAUAAUGUUCCAGUGGGAGAAAUCCGCACCAGGAUACAGUUUGGUUCCAACAAGAAGAGGAAUCACCUUAAUCAGAGGGUGAAGCAGCCUGACUAUAAAGUGGCGUAUGUUCAGCUGGCUCAGGGUCAGACGUUUGCUUUCCCUGAUAUCUUCCCGGAAAAGACCAGCGCGCCACCAGAGGGUUCCAUGGAAGAGAUGCAGGAAAAGUUCAUGGAGGACGAGAAGCAAAGGCAGAAACCUGACCCAAGAAGAGGAGGGGUCACAGAGUGGUUCGGACUCUGAGGCCGCUCACCUACUGGGAACUGUGUGUGUGGGUGGGUCGAAGGCUCUUUCACUGACUGAAACACACUGAAGCAGCAACUGUUGGGAUGCCAUUUCUAUUUCUGCAUACCAAACUCACAAGCGUGCAUAUGUCUGCAUCUGUUUUGUGUGUGUGUGUGUGUGUGUGUGUGUGUGCGUGUGUGUGUGUGUGUGUACGUGUGCAUCUUUUCUACCCCAAAGUUGUAUUUGUCACAAAUCUCAUAGGGAGUGAAUAAUAAAUAUGAGAAUUUUAACUGUGUGUAACGAGUAAUUGUGCAGGUUAUUUUUAAGUUACAUGUUGACAUUUGUUCAAUUUUUGCAAGUGUAAAGAUAAAUAAUCCAUUGUUCAUAUUCAAAUGUGAACAAGCACUCCCAAAAUCUUGAAGACAAAUGUCAUGACAGUUGCACAAGUGUGAAAAUGAGGGGAGAAAAAAAAGCGCAUGAUAAUGUACAGUAUAGUGUGAAUCAUUAAAACACGCCACUUUCAAUUUAAUGAGUGAAAAUGAUACCCUGGAAUUAACUAUUGGGACAGAGCUGAAGUCUUACCGCACCUUUACCUAAAGCAGAAAUAUUGAAAAUGGACUUUUUAAUGUUUGUAUCCAAAGAGCUGGAUGUUACACAACCAAUUAGAUCUUUAGUAAUCUGCCUGUGUCUGAAAAUGUGUGAGCAAGACGUUCUGCACUUCCAUCCCACUGUUAUCAAACACGGAGCCAUUGACUGGCAGCUGUUCCAGGGCGGCUGAAUGUCCAAACCAAAAGGUAAGCAGAUCUGCUGUGUUAACACAGAUUAGCGUGAGCUAACAGUGUUCCCAGCGUUAGUUUCUGAGCAUUAGUAAGUAAAGCGUCCCUA